AUGCUCCGUCAUCUUUACUCGUGUGAAGAGUUGGAAUCUGGCGAGUACUGGUGUUACGAGUGUGGGAAGGUUGAGAACUUCACCGAUGCGAAGUGUAAACGGUGCCUCGGUCAUCCUACGAAACGCCGCAAGAUGCUCUCCAUGGCCAAGACCUUCUUUACUUCCCUGGGACACAAGUCUAAGAAGGACGCUAUGCUCAACUCACCUCCAGAGGAUGACCUAAACCCGCCACCAAGCUACGAUUCCUUGGCCAUCGAGUUAUGUACCACGUCCGAAAUCCACGAGAUCGAUUCGAUCGAGAUUCCCACUCUUAAUCCAGCGCCGCGUUCCCAACCCCAGCGAAUCUCCUCCCAAGGCCAACCGCCCAGGCCAAGACCAGGACCGGAACCCUCUCCCUUCCUUUCCAUGAUUUCGCCCCGGCCCACACCCCCUUGUAUUGUUCCUGCCGAGCUGGAAAACCGCAUGAUGAUGAACCCAGCUGGCCCUGACGGCGUUGUCAUGAGCUGGAUUAAUGAUCCGACCGCCUACAUUCCGUCGGACUUUACCAACCCGGAUAGAAGGUCCAUUGUGUCUCUUAGUUCUCAUACUGGAGACGAACGUCGUGUGAAGACCCGGAGCAAGACCCUGGCCCCUAGCUCCUCGCUUCGGUCAAAUGCGAGCAACUCGAGCACCAAUAGCACCAACAGCACAAGCAGCACCAGCACCACUGAUUCGGCUCAAACAGCGAAUACAGAAUUUUCCAUCUCGCCAUCGGAAUGGGGAGACGUGUGGCCGUUACCCUCAAUGGAUGCUGACCUCGACUCGCCAAUGUCCAACUUCUUGUAUCAGGCAAAAUAUGAGAGCAAAGACUUGCAUCAGGCAUCUCCGUUCGGCAGCCCGAUGGACGAUGAUCUAGUCCUGGCAGAUGUUAUCUCGGAGCUGCCUGCAGACUACCCUCCCUUUAGUUCUCUCCCUAAUGCCACCGGUGAUCUCUUGGACCCUACUGCCCUUCUGACUUUCGACACGUGCGAUCUGGACUCUGGAAUGACCCCUACUCUCACUGAUCUGGUCUCUAGUAAUGGGGGCGGAGAUAGCAGCAUUACGUCGCCUUCUUCUGCCAGCGGCCCCUCCACGUUCGACUUCCCUAGGUUACCCCAUACGGAUCCCCCCUUGCUUGUUAUGUCGAUUUGGGAAACUCUUCAGGCUCACGUCUCUUCGUCGAAAAUCAAGUUACAACCUCUGGAUACUAACAGUUUGGCUCUCCGUUUCUCGGCAAUGGAUCCAAGUGAAGUAGUAUCCAUUGGCCACACCACACUGAACCGAUUACUGAAUAACGAAGCCCCCGAGUCACCGUUAAGCCUGUUAUGUUUUGUCCACAUGGCCUAUUCGUAUUUCCUUGUUGUUCACGAAGAGGAUGCUCAGACUUACUCGAAGGAUCUCUUCUUACAAGCCCUGAGUUAUGCCCGUAGCUUUACCACGUCUUCUGCGAACGAGUAUCUUGAGGUCACCCGCACGCUCUGGCAACCGGACAAUUUCGAGACAUUUGAAUAUGGGGACCUGCUUUCUCUAGGAAUACAGCUACCGAUUACCCCAACCCGGUUCUUUAGCAGUACUUCUGCCAAAGGCAAGGAGCGCAUGGGUGAAUUUGGCUCUCAACCCCAGAAGGUGGAUUCACUAGUCGGGGUUGCACAGCAUCUCCUUGAUGAAUUCGAAUACUCUGUUUUGCCCGGAAAUGCCCCUCAGAUCUUGGAAACCUUGGCCUCAGACCUCUGGACAGCGCACCUCGAAGAAUCAAGUCUGCCAUGCAGAAUUGGAAAUCCCAUGUUUUCUGUCUCAGUUAGCACUAUUGUCGAUAUUAUGCGUCGAAAAUUCGACAGCAUACCCGACUUGACAGCCGCACUUUCCACCGUCCGCAACAGAGUUACCAAGGGCCAGAUAAGCACUGUCCGAAGAGCGGAGCUGGAGCUCUUACAGGCAGCUAAUGGUUCUAUUCCUUCUAUGGCUUUUAUGAUGGACUACGCGCCGUUUGUUCGAAGGCAAUGCGAUGCUCUCUACGGCAAUUUAUCAUUGAGCGCCACCCCUCGAUCAACUUAUUACAGCCACGCCACCAAUCUUAUCGAGUCCAUCAUCACUUCAAUUUCUCCUCGCCAAAAGCCUCAAGAUCUGAACGACUUGUUUAAUUCCUUAACCGAUCAAUUCAUCUUUGAUGGCGGGGACCCGUCUCUACAGUACGGCCUGCAGCAGUCCGAAAUCGAAUCUCCACUGAUUGACUCGGGGGCAGCCUCGGUGAAGGCCAUAUCUAGUGGCCUACCGUCUCCCGAGCAGCAAUUACCAGAGCACGUUACGCGCGAUGAGCCGGCACAGAAUUAUGCUCAAGUAAAGAAGUCGGCCGAGCCCGAGAUUCGUCCUGAACCCCAGAAGAUAGAGGCGGAUGCCUGUUGUGAGAUUUGCGGUUACAGGCCCAAGGGCGACCCGCAAUGGUUUAAGGGUAGCAUGGCGAAGCACAAGAAGCUGCAGCACUCCAAGGCCCCACCACGGAUCUACAAGUGCCCGUAUCCGGGGUGCACUAGUCAGUACAAGAACCGGCCGGAUAACUUGCGGCAGCACCAACUGGACAAGGGUCACUUCGUCGAUGGGGAGAACGCGAGUAGGCGUCCGACUAAGAGGAAGAAGUUGGAGUAG